GAGUGCUAGUCAUUGCCUGACGCCAAGGGUUGGGGUGUGCAAGGGGCAGUAAAUAUACUUGCUUUAAACUUACAUACUUAAAACUUUAUUUCUUUUUUAAUUUUAUAUUGUAUUUUAUUUUUAAAACGUAAAGGUUUAUAUAUUAACACUAACAGCAAAUUCAAUCAACAAAUACACAGUAAGAUGAUUGACCAGGUUACUGGAGCAGUGGCUUUGCCCUUUGCAGUCCAGCUCAAAGCUCUUCUGGAACAAGAGACCCGAUAUCAGCCCAAACUCAGUGGACUCCGACUCAUCGAGUCUGCUCAGGAUAAUGGCCUAAGGAUGACCAUCAAGUUGAGAGAUUUUGAAGUGAGAGAUCUUCUCUCCUUGACACGAUUCUUUGGUUUCUGUGCAGAGACAUUUUCCCUUGCUGUGAAUCUUCUAGAUCGAUUCCUGGCUGCGAUGAAGAUCCAGCCCAAGCACCUGUCUUGUGUUGGCCUUUGUUGCUUCUACAUUGCUGUGAAAACUUCAGAAGAGGAGAGAAAUGUGCCUUUGGCCAGUGACCUCAUCAGGAUCAGCCAGAACCGCUUCACUGUCCAUGACAUGAUGAGGAUGGAGAAGAUAAUUCUGGAGAAACUUUACUGGAAGGUUAAGGCUCCAACAGCACUUCACUUCCUCCGAUUUUUUCACUCUCACAUUCAAGAACAGUUGGAUACAGAAAGUAAGAGGAUUCUGAACAUUGAGAGGCUUGAGGCUCAGUUGAAGGCUUGUCAUUGCUCCUUUGCUUUCACUAAAAUUAAGCCUUCGCUACUUGCUCUGUCACUGCUAGCUCUGGAGAUCCAGGAAGAGCAUGAAUGUGAAGCUGUUCCUGCUCUGAAAGAAGCACUAGAUGGUCUGCAGGAGAUUUUGAGUGUAAAAGAUGGAGACUUGGUUUGUGUGAGAGAAGUUGUUGCUAAGUGCCUAGUUGAAUAUGCCACCACCAAGUGCAUGAAGCCAAAUGGCCAAAGACUGCGAUGGAUCAUUUCGGGUAGAACUGCACGGCAGCUGAAGCACAGCUACUACAAGAUUACCCAUCUACCCACAAUUCCCGAAUAUGCCUGUUAAGAUGGUUGGUGUUGGGUGCCCAUAACUUGGAUAUGCUGCUUUGUUGCUGAAUUUCAUUGAUCACAAAUCAUUGAUUAUGUGAAUGUAUUGGUACCUUUAAUCCUUGUUGUGGGCACCCAAAACUAAUUUUUCAGAGAGUUUUUAUAUCUCUAAGCCCCAAUCUUUAUGUUCUGUUAUACCUGCCAUGGAAGUAUUUUAGAUCCGUACUGACUCCAAUUUGGAGGUUUCUAGUCAAGGGUGGGUUUCAGCAAGUUGUACAGUAUGUUCAUUUUGAAUUGGUGCAAGAAGCGCUGGUUGUUUAAAGCAAUGAAGUAUAGAACCGCCUAGGUCCUCAGUCCACUGUGUGGAAGAGGAGGGAGAAGGGUUUUGUGAAUCAAGAUGACAACGGAACCAAGAGAUCAGGCCCAAAACCCUUAAACUCCCACCCUAGGUUGUAAACUGUAGUAAUGCACACUCCUACCCAA